CAUUUCUUGCUUUCAAUAAUAUCGUAAUCUCACUAGGAUUUAGGCAAACUAUUCAUAUUUCAUAGAGUAGUAUACACAUGUGAGUCGUGACAAGUCACACACCUAGCCCAACUCGUCCAAUUUUUACCAUAUAUUCUAAACCCUGUCCAGAUUCAAUGUAUUUGCUUGUUACCCUUAAGAAUGAUCCAAAUAGUUUUUAGUUUCUCUAACAAUCUAAAUAAAUCUCUUAUUUCUCUGCACCUUUCAAGUAAUCCAUCACUCUAUUGCAUACCACCUUUACAACAACCAUGGGAGAGGUUGUAGACCCUGCUUUCAUCCAAGACCCAGAGCACAGGCCAAAGCCCUCCAUCAUCAAAGCUGAGGGUAUUCCUGUGAUUGAUCUCUCUCCAAUAAUCAACAAAACUGUUUCAGACCCAUCUGCCAUUGAAGACUUAGUGAAGGAGAUAGGAGAAGCAUGCAAAGAAUGGGGCUUCUUCCAAGUAACAAACCAUGGUGUUCCCCUGAGUCUGAGGCAGGGGAUUGAGGAAGCCUCAAGGAAGUUCUUUGCGCAGAGUCUGGAAGAGAAGAGGAAGGUUAGCAGAAAUGAGACAAAUCCAACUGGUUAUUAUGACACAGAGCACACCAAGAACGUGAGGGAUUGGAAGGAAGUCUUUGAUUUUCUUGCCAAAGAUCCCACUUUUGUCCCUUUGACUCCUGAUGAAGAUGAUGAUCGAGUCAAUCAAUGGACUAAUCCAACCCCUGAAUACCCUCCAAAUUUCAGAGUUAUACUGCAAGAGUACAUUCAGGAGGUGGAAAAGCUGGCCUUUAAGUUGCUGGAGCUUAUAGCUCUGAGCUUAGGCCUUGAACCAAAGAAGUUUGAACAAUUCUUCAUCAAAGAUCAAACAAGCAAUAUAAGAUUUAACCACUAUCCUCCUUGUCCAUUCCCUGACCUGGCUCUUGGCGUUGGUCGGCACAAGGAUGGUGGUGCCUUAACCAUUCUUGCCCAAGAUGAGGUUGGAGGACUUGAGGUGAAACGUAAAGCAGACCAACAGUGGGUCAGAGUUGAACCAACUCCAGAUGCUUAUAUUAUAAAUGUUGGUGAUAUUAUUCAGGUUUGGAGCAAUGAUGCAUAUGAGAGUGUGGAACAUAGAGUGAUGGUUAACUCUGAGAAAGAAAGGUUUUCCAUUCCAUUCUUCUUCUUCCCUGCACAUGACACUGAAGUCAAGCCUUUGGAGGAGCUGAUAAAUGAGCAAAACCCUUCAAAAUAUAGGCCAUAUAAUUGGGGCAAGUUUCUUGUCAACAGAAAAGGCAGCAAUUUCAAGAAAAAAAAUGUGGAGAACAUUCAAAUCUACCAUUUUAAGCUACCUUAAAGAUUGUAUAAUAGGACUGUACCUUAAUUAUUAUCUGCAGGGUUCAUUAUGUUAUGCUAGUAUCAGUGUAUCACCCAAUAAAAUAAGACAUUAAAUUAUUAGAAUUUAUGAUGUUCAUUUCAAAAGUUGAAAUUA